AAACACUCUCAGAUCCCAAACAGUCGCAGUUAACCAAAUCUCAGUUCCAGAUAGCAACCACCAUGACUCGUCCUGCUCAACUGACUCACCUCACUGUUCUUCUUCUUCUUGUUCUAGCUACAACAGUAUCAGCCAGGCCGGGGUUUCUCUUCACUCGGACCACGGGGCGGUGCACGCCGGACUACUGGGGCAGCAGGGUGGAGUCGUGGCCGAGGAUGGUGCCGCAGACAUCGACGGUGUCCAAGGUGUUCGGGUCCAGAGCCUACGAGCGGUACAGAUCCGAUCUGACGCUCAUGGAAGCGACGGCCAGGAGCGACGACGAGUAUAACGUGUUCCCCAGGCUGCUGAAGCAGGCCAGCGCGGCGCUGAUCAACUCGUACGCAAGGAAGGGCUUCCCGUACUCGGCAUGGGAGGUGAAGACGAGGCUCAUACAGGGCUUGGUGUCCGAGAAGGCGGCGGCGCGUCAGGCCCGGCUGUUCUAUCAGGCCAAUGAGGCUUGUGAUCUCCACUAGCUAGGCUUGGUCGCUAGCGCUGUUGGUUUCUAGUACUAAUAGGCUUUGUUCGAUCUUCGUGAUCGACUGUGUAAUGUUCCAACUGAUGGGUUCUUGUUCUACAGUGGAAUCAAAACAAUGGUCUUUGUUGU